AUGACUUCACUGGCGUUCAUCUUCCUGCUCUCCUUCCUCUCAGCUGAAGCUGCAAGAAGCAAAUAUCCUCCCAAAGCAGCAAGUAACCCCGUGUUCGGACCACGGCAGGUAUAUGGCCUGAUCGAUGGGUCAGUUACCGUGAAGUGCUUCUACCCACCCACCAAGGUGAACAGGCACGACAGAAAAUACUGGUGCAGGGAAUCAUCCCGGAACUGCCUGACCGUUGUCUCCUCCAACGGCUACACGUCCCCGAGCUACCAGGGCAGAGCCUCCAUCAGCGACUACCCGGAGCAGGGCGUCAUGGUGGUGAACGUCUCGCACCUGGCACUGUCAGACAGAGGCACCUACCAGUGCGGGAUCGGUCUCAAUGGCAGAGCGCUCUCCUACAAAGUCAGCCUGGACAUUUCUGAAGGUCCGAACGUCCCCGAGGAGGCUGAGCUCUUCUACGUGGAGCUGCACGGCUCCGUAACCAUGACGUGCAGCUUUGGGACGGACACUGUCAGCAUGAGGAAGUUCUUGUGCAAGAUGGAGAAGAGCGGCUGCCGCAACAUCAUCGACACGUAUGGGAAGAUCGAUGAGGAGUUCACAGGCAGAGCCCUGCUGAGCAAUGAGGACACCAAAGGUGCAUUCAGUGUCAUGAUAACCCAGGUGGACUGGGAAGACGCAGGCUUGUACCUGUGCGGGGUUGGCUUCUACGGGGAGUCUGGAGAAACGAAAGAGCUGGAUUUGCAUGUCUAUGAGGGGACAAACGUUCCUCAGGGAAAGAACACAGUAAUCGGAGUCAAAGGAAGUUCAGUAACUAUUGAAUGUCACUAUGAUCCCGCAAAAAAUUACUCGCUCAAGUACUUGUGCAAGUGGAGAAACAAUGGAUGUUCUCGGAUCAUAGAAAACACCGGCUUCGUUUAUGACACUUACGAAGGAAGAGUGGCCAUGUUCGACAACCCGCAGAACGGCACGUUCAGCGUUGUCAUGAACCAGCUGCGUGAGACCGACAAAGGCUAUUACUGGUGCAUGACAAAUGAUGAAAGGGAGAGGAAGUCAUCGAAGGAGCUGAAGAUCAUAGAAGGAGAGCCUGGAUUAAAGGGGAAGGAGGAAGUGCUGGCAGAAGUGGGCUCGCGGGUCGAUUUAACGUGCUCUUACCCGUGCAAGUACUACUCCUACGGGAAGUACUGGUGCAAGUGGAGCAACAACGGCUGCUCCCCCUUGUCUGCCUCUGACCAAAGCCAGCCAGGGGUGGACGUCAACUGUGACACCGCCAACAAGACACUCGUCCUAACCUUCGACUCGGUGACCACGAUGGACCAAGGGUGGUACUGGUGCGGAGUGAAGCGCAACGGCCGCUACGGGGAAACGCUGGCAGUGUACCUGCAGGUGGCUGGAGAGAAAGCUGCUGAACUCAACCCAGAGCUCCUGAAUUUGGACACUUCCAGCAAUGCCGUGGCUCCCAGCAAUGCUGUUCCCCAGGGGAGAGCCUUCAGCAAUGCUGGGGUGCAAAGCGCAGCUGCCUCCGAAAGCUCUGAACCAAGUUCUGGCUCCAAUGCCCUUACUGUAGCCCUGGCCUCCUCUGGUGCAGCAGUCGUCGUCCUCGGUGCAGCUUUUGCUGUGUUUAAAUACCGGCAGAUCAAGAGAUCAGACCUGGUGUCCGUGGGGAGCUACAGAACCAACAUCAGCAUGUCAGACUUUGAGAGCGUGAAGGAGUACGGAGCAAACGAUAACACCUGCAUGAAAGAGAGCCAGGAGACUCAGCUGGGAGGGGACGAAUUCAUCACCACCACAGCCAGUGUUGAAAGCGCAGCUGAGACAAAGAAGGCGAAAAGGGGCUCCAAGGAGGACGCCGACCUCGCCUACUCUGCCUUCCUCCUCACCUCCAACGCCAUCGCCCAGGGCUGUCCCCCCGGGGACAGCGCGGCUCCGGCCACAGCCUCCCCGGCCUGGGAUGGCCAGGUCUGA